GCUGCGGGCGGCGCUGCGCAGCCUGGAGGCCGAGCCCGACUCGGAGCUGGCCUGGGCGGUGGUGACGAGCGCGCCGGCCGCCGCCCGGCUCGGCCUCCGCCACGUCGGCGGCCUGGCCGUCUUUAACUGGAACGGCACCACGGUUCUGAAGGCCCCGGCGACGGGCGCGCUGUCGGCGGAGAUGAUGCAAAACUACGUGUGGUCUCGGCGCCGCGAGAUGGCGGGCUGGCUGGAGCUGCCCGCGCACAAGUCUGCCCUGCUGCAGACGGUGACGGCGGCGGGACCGGCGCUGCUAGUGCUGGGCCGGCGCUGGCCACUGGCGCCCGCCGCCGACCUUGCCGCCACGGCACCCGUUCGCCGCAUGUGGCUUGAAUACAACAACUGUAACCGCUCCGAAGCGGUGGUCAACCUUGGCGAUCGGAUCGCCAGUACGUUAGCAGUGCUGCGGCCGGUUGGAGCGCGAUGGCGUCGCCUCGUGCCGGCGGGCCGCCGCCGCCGACCUCGGCGACGCACCCUGGCCGGCCCAAACAGCCGGACACCGGCCAGCCGCACGCGGACAUCCUCGGACAUCCGGACGUCCAGGUGA